CUUCUAGUGCAAUAAACUUUGCCUGGGAUUCAUCUUAACAACAUUCCUGUCUGUCCCUUAUUUGACUAAAUCCUUUCCUACUUUAGCCCUUCCAUAUGCUGUUCAGCUGAGUGGCAGAACCAUUGCAACAGCAAUGUGGCUGAUAUAUGUAGUCUGCCAACUGACCAUUUCAUCCUAUUUCAAAAUGGAGAUUCUCCUACUCUGAAGAACUCUAAGGGGAUUUGACAAAACAGCACAGCAGACAGAGGAUUUUACCACAGCACUGUAAAGGGUAUUUUAUUUUCACAACUGGACAGCUGACUCCUCAUUUCUGGCAUCAAGAUGAUGGUUGGCUGUGUGAAAGACUUCUUCACCUAUCAGACUAAUAAAUCUGUGGUGGUCAAGAGCUGGACAAUUGGGAUCAUCAACCGUGUUGUUCAGCUGCUCAUCAUCGCCUACUUCAUUGGUUGGGUAUUUAUGCAUGAGAAGGCUUAUCAAACCAGAGACUCGGCCAUUGAGUCGUCUGUCAUGACCAAGGUGAAGGGCUUUGGCUCCUUAAACGACCACAUUAUGGAUGUAGCCGAUUAUGUCACCCCUACACAGGGAGCCUCCAUGUUCUGCCUCAUCACCAAGAUCAUUGCAACAGAGAACCAGGUGCAGGGGAAAUGCCCAGAGUUUACAUCCCCAAAGGAACGGAAAUAUAUCUGCGUCAAUGACAGCCAGUGUGAAGAGGGUAAAUCAGCCAACACUGGUGUGUUGACAGGCAGGUGCAUACCCUUUGGUGAGAAGAACAAGUCCUGUGAAGUCAAAGGGUGGUGUCCUGCCGAGAAUGACGGGGUCGUAAUCAAACCUAUGAUGGAGGUGCAAAACUUCACUAUCUUCAUUAAGAACAGCAUUCGAUUUCCCCUUUUCAAUUUCACCAAGGGUAAUUUCUUGCCAAACAUCAGUAAGGAGCACAUAGGAAAAUGUAACUUUGACCCAGACCACGACAAAUUCUGUCCCAUAUUCAAAGUGGGUGAUGUGCUUCGAUUCGCCCAUCAAAACUUCACCACUUUGGCCCACAAAGGAGGGGUGAUUGGUAUAAAGAUUGGCUGGGUCUGUGACUUAGACAGAUCGGACGAUGAAUGCAUCCCGUCGUACUCGUUCACACGUCUGGAUGCCAUGUCACAAGGGAGCAGUGUCUCCCCUGGAUACAAUUUCAGGUUUGCCAAGUACUACAAGAUGGAAAAUGGAACGGAGUACCGCACUUUACUGAAGGCCUAUGCUAUUCGCUUCGACGUGUUGGUUUAUGGCAAUGCAGGGAAGUUUGACAUGAUUCCAACUCUUAUUAACAUGGUAGCAGCCUUCACAUCUGUGGGAGUGGGAACUGUGCUCUGUGACAUCAUUCUUCUCAACUUCCUGAAAGGAGCUGACCAGUACAAAGCCAAAAAGUUUGAAGAGGUGACAGAGGCUGAGGUGCAGAGGUCGUCGUCCUUAGUGGAGGGCAUGUAUCGCACCAGAGAACACAGCGAGCUGUCCGUGAGACUGGAUGAAAAGCAGUCGGGUGACUCGGGAGCAUUUUCCCUGGUACGCUAUGAUUGACACAGACUCAGAUUGAAAUGGAAAAAUACAAGUAGUGAAUUCAUCCUAAAUUUGCGUAGACUGUGCGAAAUCUUAGUUUGUAUGGCCAUUUACUCGCCCACCCUAGCAAUACAUUACCUUUGUCCAACCAUAGCUCUUCAAUCAAGCACAUAAUCAAAAAGCUGAUCAAUGCCCCAGCCUUAAAUUUCUUGUUUGAGUGCAUUAACAAUAUUUAUUUAAUUAUGUAUAUUAUUAUGCAUCACAAAAAGAUAGGGACAUUUCCUUGUCAUAGAAAUCAUAUGGGCAUGGCAUUGAGCAUAGUAGCACGUUCUAUUCAUUCUCACUGAUUAGGUAUAAUGAAACCUACUAGAGGUUACUGGCAUGUUUCUGGCAUGGCAUCCAAAUGAUAAAAUGUAAAAUUACAGAACAGUACCAGAGUUGAAUGGCAGCAUUCUAAUAUGAAAAAGGUUAAAGAAAAUGGUAACACUUUAUUUUAGGGAUACAUCUAUUAGCACUAAUACAUACAAUGUACCUGUAUAAGUAACUUGUAAGGUAUGUACAAAGCAAAAUCAAACAUUCGUUAGGCAUGUAUUCGCAAAUGUCUUGUUCAUGCACAAUAAGGGAUUUAUUACCAAUUUAACCUUAGUAAGGACCUAGUAGGCCUUAGUUAGUGGUUGCUUAGUACAUGCCUUACAAGUUACUUAUGCAGGCAUUAACAUUGUAUGUAUUAGUGCUAAUAGAUGUAUCCCUAAAAUAAAGUGUUACCAAGAAAAUGUAUGUUUUAGAAUUGUUGUCCCCUCUUUUUUGAUCUGCCAGACAGUCUCUUGUUAUUGACUGAAUAUUUGUUGUUCAGAUUUUGUAUAUUAGAUUUGUAUAUUAGAUUUUCAUUAGUGUGAAAUUCAUUGUGCACAUAUACAGUAGACCAAAGCCUGUCAGGGCUUGCACUAUGUUAACAGCUUUUAAAU